AUCUAAUCAGAGUAAUCAGUAAUCACCCACCCAAAAUACAAAAGAAAAAAAAAGAGCAAAUUGCCCGGGAAAUAUCUGACUAUCUGCCCGUCGUCAGUCUACAGUCCCCACACGGUCACCCCACUCUCUCUAUCUCUCUCUAGAUCAACGGGCAGUCCCAAACUCCCACAACUGCCCUUUUAUCUCUCCUCUAUCGACUACUAGUAUUCAGAGUAAGGACUACUUUAAAAAGGCUCCCACUUUCCCUUUCAUCAAUCCCACGCCACCCUCCCAUCCACCUUUCUCCACCACCAGGGCACGGUGGUUCAGGUGCUUUGCUCUGGUGGAUUAACAACCCAUAAAUUAUUGUUAAAUUGUAAAAUUUUAAAAUGGGUCAGGGGAUGAGUUGCGCAUCUCCAAAUAAUCAUGAAAAUGGGAUAUAUAGAGCAGCUCAAUUGGGUGAUUUAAACGCUAUAAAAUCAGAGAUAGAAGAUGACCCUUCUCUUUUACAAGAUUUUUCUCUCUAUGAUCGUAACUCUUUGCUGCAUGUAGCUGCUGCUAAUGGCCAGAUCGAGGUUGUUUCAUGGCUUUUGGAACGAUCUGUAAAUCUUGAUGCCUUAAAUCGCCAUAAACAGACACCUCUAAUGGUGGCUGCAAUGCACGGGAAAACCUCGUGUGUGGAGAAGCUGCUUCAUGCAGGAGCCAAUAUUUUAAUGUUUGAUUCUUUGCGAGGAAGAACUUGCCUACAUUAUGCUGCCUAUUAUGGGCAUCCAGAUUGUCUAAAACUCAUUCUUUCUACGGCCCGAACAUCGCAUGUUGCUUUGUCUUGGGGAUUUGCUCGAUUUGUGAAUAUUAGAGAUGGGAAAGGCGCUACCCCGUUACACUUGGCAGCCCGUCAAAGACGGCCUGAGUGUGUUCAUAUAUUGCUUGAUUGUGGGGCUUUGGUGUGUGCUUCAACUGGAGGAUAUGGAUAUCCCGGAAGCACUCCACUUCAUUUGGCUGCUCGGGGAGGAUCCCUCGAUUGUAUCCGUGAAUUGCUGGCAUGGGGCGCAGACCGGCUGCAAAGAGAUGAAACUGGGAGAAUACCAUACGUAGUGGCUUUAAAGUAUAAGUACGGGGCAUGUGCCGCCUUGUUAAACCCAUCAUCAGCAGAGCCUCUUGUCUGGCCUUCACCAUUAAAGUUCAUCAGUGAUCUUAAUCCGGAGGCCAAAGUUUUACUUGAACGGGCUCUGAUGGAGGCCAAUAGGGAGAGGGAGAAGACCAUCUUGAAAGGAACUGAUUACUCAGUUGCUUCUCCAUCACAUUCAGACAGUGGAGAACUUGAUGAUAGUUUAUCAGAGGCUAGUGAUUCGGAACUAUGCUGUAUAUGCUUUGACCAAGUAUGUACAAUCGAAGUCCAAGACUGUGGGCAUAGAAUGUGUGCCCAUUGCACACUAGCUCUUUGCUGCCAUAACAAGCCAAACCCAACAACUGCAAGCGUAAAUCCACCAGUUUGCCCAUUUUGUAGGAGCAACAUUGCGCAUUUAGUUGUUGUGCAGUUAAGCAUAGAAACCGAAGAUAUUGAUUUGAGCUCCUCAAAGUCAAGGAAAUCAAGGAGAUCAUGGAACUUAAGUGAGGGAAGUAGCAGCUUCAAGGGUCUUUCGGCUUUUGGGAAGAUGGGCACUCGUUCAGGGAGAAUCAGUACUGAUGAGUUGAUUGAUAAGCCAAUUGAGUAGAGAAACUAUAAAGGUCCGAGCUUUUGAACAGGCGCUAUAAAGGUCAGUCGUGGUCGGUCCAGAUUAUAUUAUAUAUGUGAUAUAUCUAUACAUAGAAACUGCAAAAUGCAAAAUGCAAAAUGCAAAAUGCAAAAAUAUGUGGUGUGGGAAAUAAGGGCAGAGGAGGAAUGAAGGAUGAGGUUUUCGACUGGGGGUUGGUAAAUUUGUUGUAUGUGGGGUCAUGAUUUGCUGAAAUCUUUCAUUGUUUUAUGUUAAGCCAUAAUUUUUUUUUGGGGAGGGGAGUCAGUUAGAAACUGUUACCAGUCACUUAUAGAUAGCAUGAAUUCUUUGUUUUACCUUGUAGAGGAAAUUUUUAUUCAAUGGCUGCUUAGAAAAUUUAAUUCAUCAAUGGCUGCUUAAUUAGAUAUUGUUAUUGGGGUAUUUGGGUAGGACCCAUUUGUAAGAGUAAAGAUCAUUCACCUACCUUGUUAUCCCUCUCCCUCGUCAACUCGUCUCCUUUUCUCUCCUCGCCCCUGUUUUCCCUCUGGAUUCAUAGGGAAAAAGAUGGAUCGGAUCGUGGAAAAGUCAUGUACUAUUUUGCUUGUAUUUCUAUCAUGUAAAAGCUACUUCGUACAAUACAAAUGUAUAUCAAGGUUGAGUUUCUGGUUUGCAAUAAAAUAACAUGUACGAAGAUCGAUUUGUUCAAA